AGUCCAUUUGGGGAUAAGCCUCCAUCUCUGAACCCACAGACCCUCCCUCUCAACCCUUCCUUCCUUUCUUCAAUGGCUUCUUCGAUUAUCGUCCCCAUUUCCUCUCUUUCCCUGCGUUCCUCUCCGUCUUACUGCCUACCAAUUCCACCAUUGAAGCCUUUCACCGUGCUUCACUCCUCCGUGUCCGUACCCCCAAUUUCCUCCUCCUUGAUUCUCUCUGUAGCUCGAGCCAAACCCUCAGACGUCGAGACCACCUUCUUCGAGAGUGUCAAUCCCGAAGAAGACGUGGUUUACGACCCCCCCGAAGUCCCGGAAGGCUUCGUUGCCCCUCCCUCCUUCGACGAAGGCCCAUUGGAAAGCGAGGAUGAAAUUGCGGCCGCUUACGAGGAGCUCUAUGGGCCGGCUUACAGUGGAGUCAGUGUUCUGGGAAACGACAUUUAUGUAAUGGAUUCUAAGAUGAAAAAAGUGGGCGGAUUCGGAUCGAAGGCCAGGAAGGAGAAGGCGCGGGAUGGGUUCGACGAGCGGGUUGUGCAAGUUCGUAGGGUGACUAAAGUGGUUAAAGGUGGGAAACAGUUGCAUUUUAGGGCAAUUGUUGUUGUGGGUGAUAAAAAGGGGCAAGUGGGUGUUGGUGUUGGUAAAGCUAAAGAAGUCAUCUCCGCUGUUCAGAAAUCGGCCAUCAAUGCUCGCCGGAAUAUUGUCACUGUUCCCAUGACCAAGUACCUAACAUUUCCCCACAGGUCGGAGGGAGAUUAUGGAGCAGCAAAAGUAAUGCUAAGACCUGCUUCUCCCGGUACUGGUGUGAUUGCUGGUGGAGCAGUGAGAAUCGUCCUCGAAAUGGCGGGUGUCGAGAAUGCGUUAGGGAAGCAACUAGGAAGUAAUAAUGCCCUCAACAAUGCCAGAGCGACGGUGGUCGCCGUGAUGAAGAUGAAACAGUUUCGGGAUGUCGCAAGGGAGCGUGGCAUCCCAAUGGAAGAGUUGUGGAAGUGAAGAGCAGGGAAAGGCUUCAUUCCUUUGUUUCAUUUUUUCCUUUGACUGCAUCCAUUCUUGUAACUCAAUGUUGUAAAAAUGGCACUCAGGCUUCAUUCCUUUGUUUCUUAUAUCUGCAAUUAUCGGGAUUAUAGGUUGAUUUGUGUUUGUUUA